AUGAAAAAUGAAACUUGGACGGUUUCUAAGGCUACAAGAAUCGGAACUUGCUCAUCGAUAGGCGUUUUAUUUCUCGUGGCAUCAGUUCUUACAGUGACAACAAACGGCCCUUUGUUGUUCGUGAUAUUCAAGGAUCCACUGAAAUGCUUCAGACGACCGUUCGCUGUGUUAAUUGCUGGGUUAGCGGUCACUAAUUUCCUUUUCGGUGCAGUUGUUGACACCACCGCCGCAAAGAAUGAAUACCACUGCGUUCAAGACACCGAUGGAAAAACCAAAUUUGACUCUGUAGCGGAUUAUUUCAUCGAUAACUCAGCAACUUUACUAGUUUUUGCUCUGUCAGUUGAUAGGCUCCUCGCUGUUGUUUUUCCAUUUUUUUACCGCUACUCCGUGAAGUCAAUCCACGCGUGCAUAGCGGCUGUUGCCAUUUGGAGUUUCUCGCUUGCGUUCAGUUUAAUUCAGCUAACAGAAUUUCCACAAGAUAUUUACGACACGAUCGAUGUCCAUCUCCAUGUGACAUUUGUACUAACAGCAACCACAAUCAUUUACUGCGUCAUUCAUUGGACCAUUCGCAAGAGAAGAGUAUUUUUCCCUAUCGCUUCAAGGGAUUCAUGUCGCAACUCGGAACAAAGCUGGAGAAAUUUCAAACGCGAGAGAGAAUUCGCGUUGACCGCUUUUCUGAUACUUCUUGCUUUGGUUAUCACGCAGAUUCCUUACCUUGUGAUGAUAAUAGUUAAAGCAAACUGUGAAAGUUGUCUCGAAACAACUUGGUACUUCGUGGGUUUUAAGGUCUCCAACUUCCUUUUAUGCGGAAGUGUUAUUGCAAACCCUUUUUUGUACGCCUGGAGAGUAAAGAUGUUUCGAAACUCUUUCAUGAUCGUCUUCUGCAAAUCUCGAAUCCGUCACAAAGCACAGGAGAUUUCCUUGAGACAACUUGAAGGAAGAAAAUCAACAAAUUAUCGCAAAGAGUUAAGUUUUAUGCAUAUAUAA